CAACAGCUUUAAAGUGCACCGCAAGCGCCCCAAACCGGAACGGUGUUCAGGGAUCGGAUCGGAUUCCGGAUCAGCCGAGGCCGAAGGAGCUAUCACAGAAAUGAAACAGAGCGACAGUGGCGCUGGAAUCCUAAAGUGAAUCGAGCUGUUUUCGGUCUGAAAUCGAACCCCCGUGCUGGUGCUAAGAUUAGCGUUAGCAUUAGCAUUAGCAUUAGCAGUUCCAGGGAUGGCGGAGGUUCCCGGGACAUCAAGCGAGACCAUAACGGAGACGGUUCAGACCAGCACGCCGCCGCCGCCCCAACAGGAUGGACGGACUCUGACAAUCAAACUGAGAAAGAGAAAGACUGACAAGAAGGUAGAGUGGUCCAGUGACACAGUGGAUAAUGAGCAUCUGGGACGGAGGUCAUCAAAGUGCUGCUGUAUUUAUGAGAAGCCCCGGCAGUUCGGCGAGUCCUCCUCUGAAAGCGAGGGAGACGACGACGAUGAUGAAGGCUGUGGAAGUGCACACUGUAUCAUGGGCCACGGCAGGAGAGGCCACGGACAGAGGGGAGGAGCAGGGACAGCCGGGCCUCCAAACUCUAGAGGGUCUCAUGCACACUGAUGAGCACGGUGGCCUGAUCUUUGGGGUCUGACAGAUUUGUCACUAUGACAACCACAAUACAAUUCAUAACUGCACAUUUUCUCCUUGUUUAGCCUCAUCAGUGAGCAGGACUUGCGCUGCGUCACCAUAUCAGAAUUACCUAGCUGCUCCAUCAGGAUUAUAAUCUCUGCACUGAAGUUUGGAUUAUUUAGCUUCAUUCACAACCCCGGCCCAUGUCCAGUAAUGUGCCAACUACUCAGCUUUGAUGGAGAGAAAAUAUAAGUCUAGUCUGCUAUUGAAGUUUGUGUUAUGGGAAUUCCUCAUAUUUAAGGUCAUGCAGCGCUGACAAGUGGAAUUUACUCAGCAGUAAUUAAAGGCUCUUUUGUUCAAUCCUCUACAGUUGCACACAUCUAAACAACAAAAUCUGAAUUAGAAUUAGUGAGACUCCAGAACUGUUUCUAAACUCUGCUGACAGGGUGAAUAUCAUCCUUUCAAAAGACACAGCGAGCCACGCAAAAUGUCCCACCACCAUCUUCCAGGGUCCAAGUGUCCAGCAAGCCCUCGUGGACUGAAGACCUCAAACUAUUAGCCGAUUAAGAAAAAAUGAAUCGGUCAGUGUUCUGAUCAUUAGCGCUGAGAUGAUUAACCCAAAUAACAAAAGUAAUAAUGAUGAUUACAGCCAGUCGCACACUGUGGAACCCUUUAGUUCCAUAGGCAGAUUGGCGACGCCCUGAUACAUACGAGGUGCAGUCAAAAAGUAUCCUACCUUUGGCUG